AUGUUCAGAACUGUUAGGCCCUCUAGAGUGAGCAAUAUACACCAACAAAUAAGGUGUCAAUCAACUUUACCUCCCUCAAUAAAAUCGUUAUUUAAAAAUCCACCGGACAUUGACUCAAAAUUAACAAUCAAUGGGUACAUCAAAUCUAUUCGUCAAUUGAAAAAAAUCGCAUUCCUUGAUCUUUCAGAUGGUAGUCAUCAUGAUAACCUUCUGUGUGUUUUAUCGCCUGAUCAAAUCAAUGGUUUAAAAACAGGACAAUCUAUUCAAUUAACCGGAUCUUGGAUCAAAUCUAAAGGUAAAGAACAAGCUUAUGAAUUUAAAAUCUUAUCUGGUUUAGAUAAUGUCAAGCUAAUUGGUGAUGUCAGAGAAGAUUUUCCGCUACAAAAGAAGGCACACACGCUGCAAUAUCUAAGGACUUUGAAUACAUUACGCUGGAGAACAUCAUAUCUAUCUUCAAUUCUAAGAUUUAGAUCAUUUGUUGAUACAAAACUUCAUGAAUUUUUCCAAAAAGAAAACUUUUUCAAAACAAACCCACCUAUUAUAACAGGCUCUGAUUGUGAAGGAGCUGGUGAACUUUUCCAAAUUGAAUCCAAAAGUGUUUUAGAUGACUCAAAAGAUCAAAGUCCAUUUUUUGGCAAAAAUGCAUAUUUGACUGUUUCUACACAGUUACACUUGGAAGUUAUGAGUGCUGCUUUAGGUAAUGUUUGGACCUUGUCACCAAUUUUUAGAGCUGAAGCUAGUGAUACAAAUAGACAUUUAAGUGAGUUUUGGAUGUUGGAAGGUGAAAUGCCAUAUGUGGAAGAUGUUCAUCAAAUAACAAGAUUUACUGAAAAAAUGAUAAAACACGUUGUUAAAGAACUGGUCAAUGAUGCUGACCAAGCUGGAACAAACUUGAUUAAAGGUAAUAAAUAUUCAGAGGAAGCUGGUUCCAAAUCUAUGACCCUACAAGAAAAAUGGAACCUUUUAUAUGAGAAUGAAUGGGCCUCCAUAACGUACAAAGAAUCAUUAGAGAUCUUGAGAGCUUCCGGAAAGGAAUUCAAACAUCUGGUCAAGUAUGAAGAUGGACUAGCCACUGAACAUGAAAAAUGGUUAGCUGGUGAAUAUUUCAAAUCACCAGUUUUUGUCACUGAUUAUCCUAAAGAAAUGAAACCAUUUUAUAUGAAGGAAAAUCCAGAUGGUGAAACAGUUGCAUGUUUUGACUUAUUGGUCCCUGAAGUUGGUGAAAUUAUAGGUGGAUCCUUAAGAGAACACGACUUGGAAAAGCUAACUUCUACUAUAAAUGAAAGAAAUAUGAAGAUUGAUGAAUUAAAGUGGUAUUUAUCAUUGAGAGAAAAUUCUACCGCACCUCAUGGUGGGUUUGGUUUAGGAUUUGAAAGAUUAAUUUGUUAUUUAGCUAAUGUGGAGAAUGUGAGAGACGUUGUUCCGUUCCCUAGAAGUCAUGAAGAGUGUUCUUCUUGA